AUGGGGGGCCUGAAGCAGCUCCAGAUGGAGGACAAGGUGAAGGGCAGUCAUGGCUCAGCCUCACACAGAGAUCUGACUGGUUACAGUCUUACCGAGAAGUUUUCUCUGGACACUUCAGAUGUUCCCUCACCCACAAAGUCCUCGCCUCCCAUCCAGAAGAGCUCUCUGUCCUCCAAGCUCAGGGAGAAGCUGCCGCCUGGCCGGGCCAUGCCCCCGGCCCGCCCCCGGCCCCGGGCGGGGCUGCCCCGUGCCCGGCCCCGGCCGUCCCGCCGCGGUCUCGCCUCGGCCCGGCUCGGGCUGUACUGGCGGUGGCGCUGCUGGGCGGGCAUCAGUGCCUGGGGCUGGGGCGGCAUCGCCGCCCUUUGCCUCCGUCUGGCCCGAGCCCGGCCCCGGACCCGACGCAGGGUCCAGUCCCGGCCCCGGCCCCGGCCCCGGCCCCGGUCCCGGCUCCCCCCGGGCCCCGCGGAGGACACAGGCAGCGCGGCCGCUCCCGCCGCCUCCGCUGCGGCUUCCCCGGCCCGAGCUCCGCCGCUCGGCAGCGCGGCCUCCGGCCCCAAGCCGCCGGGGCCCGGGGCGGGUGGGGAUGCCGGGCCCGGGGCGGGUGAGGGGCGCUCGGGGGCCGUGGCUGGCCCCGGGCCGAGCGCUGACAGCCGCGUCUCGCCCGCAGGGAAGGCGCAGGAGGCCCUGCAGGAGCGGUACCGGCUUGGGUCGCUGCUGGGGCGCGGCGGCUUCGGCAGCGUCUUCGCUGCCACGCGGCUCUCGGACGGCGCCCCGGUGGCCAUCAAAUGCGUGCCGAGGGAUCUCAUCCGGCACUGGGGCGAGCUGCCCGACGGCACGAGCGCCCCGCUGGAGAUCGUGCUGCUGGCCAAGGUGUCCCGUGGCUGUGCCGGUGUCAUUCAGCUCCUGGAAUGGCUUGAGCUCCCUGACAUCUUCCUGCUGGUGCUGGAGCGUCCGGAGCGGUGCCAGGAGCUCUCGGGUGUCCUGGCGGAGCGGGGGUUCCUGCCGGAGGAGGAGGCGCGGGAGCUGUUCCGCCAGGUGCUGGAGGCCGUGCAGCACUGCACCAGCUGCGGGGUCCUGCACCGGGACAUCAAACCACAGAACAUCCUGCUCGACCUGGCCAGCGGGCAGCUGAAACUCAUCGACUUUGGCUGUGGCGCCUUCCUCCAAGACACAGCCUACACCCAGUUUGCAGGAACCCUGUCCUACAGCCCCCCAGAGUGGAUCCAGCACCAACGCUACCACGGCGAGGCAGCCACGAUCUGGUCCUUGGGCCUCCUGCUGUGCCACCUGGUCAUGGGGAAGCACCCGUUCAGGAGGGGCCAGGAGAUCAUCCGGGGGCGAAUCUUGUUCCCACGAUGGCUCUCUCAAGCGUGCCAAGAUGUCAUUAAGAGAUGUUUGUCCAUGCAGCCUUCAGACAGGCCAUCCUUAGAAGAUCUUUUCUGUCAUCCUUGGGUGAAGGGUGUUCCUCUGCCCUAG